UUACGGGCAGCUAAUAUGAUUGACAGGGAUUGCUUGGAUUACAUGGGGCAAGCCAAAUGCAAUGAAAGACUGCACCGGAACCUGAGUGAUAGCCGGCUUCUGGAGAAUAUGGGAUUGGACAGUGCCUCAGUCAGCUCAAUGAGAUCCAACUACAGUGUGCUAAGCCCCAUCAAGGCAAAGGACGUGAGGAACAGAAGCUUUUUGGAGGGUAGUGUGCUUGGAAGUGGUGCCCUUCUUGGAGCAGAGGAGUUGGACCGCUACUUUCCUGAAAGACAACUGGGAAUCUAUAUUGCCACAUGGAACAUGCAGGGAGAAAAGGGGCUGCCAGUCAACUUGGAUGAUCUCCUUCUUCCAACUGAUUCAGAAUUUGCACAGGACAUUUAUGUUAUUGGAGUUCAGGAGGGCUGCCCAGAUAAGAGGGAAUGGGAGACCCGCCUUCAAGAGACUCUGGGGCCCUACUACGUCAUGUUGUAUACAGCUUCCCAUGGUGUUUUAUAUCUUAGUAUCUUUGUUCGAAGAGAUCUCAUUUGGUUUUGCUCAGAGGUGGAACAUGCCACAGUCACAACCAGAAUCAUCUCUCAAAUUAAGACAAAAGGAGCUGUUGGAAUCAGUUUUACCUUAUUUGGGACUUCCUUCCUGUUUAUAACAUCACAUUUUACAUCUGGGUAUUCCAAAGUCUAUGAGAGAAUUCUAGACUACAACAAAAUCAUUGAAGCUUUAGCUCUCCCAAAAGGUCUUCCAGAUACCAACCUAUACCGCUCCACACCGUCUGAUGUCACCAAAAGAUUUGAUCAGGUAUUUUGGUUCGGAGACUUUAACUUUCGACUCAGUAAAAAUAGAGUGGAAAUUGAAAACAUUAUAAAUCGAACUACAGACAAAGACAUGGGCUCUCUGCUGGAGCAUGACCAACUCUGCAAGGAAAUAAAGGAUGGUUCAAUAUUCAAAGGUUUUCAAGAGGCCCCAAUACACUUUCUACCAACAUACAAGUUUGACAUAGGCUGCGAUAUCUACGACACAUCUUCCAAACAAAGAACACCAUCAUACACAGACAGAAUCCUCUUCAGGAGCAGACAGUCUCAUGACAUUCAGGUCAUUAAAUACACCAGUUGCACCAACAUCAAGACCUCAGACCACCGGCCCGUCAUCGGAGUCUUCCAGGCCAAACUGAGGCCAGGCAGGGACAAUAUCCCUCUAGGAGCAGGACUGUUUGACCGUGACCUUUACUUGGGGGGCAUCCGGAGAAGACUAACGAAGAAGAAGAAGCUGAAGAGGAAGGAAGUUAUGAAAAACCAAAGCAGCAGCUCCAUCUGCACCAUCUCUUGA